GCUGCUGUGGAUGGGAAAGUAACAGGGGGGUGACGGAACAAAGUAACGCCGGGCACCCACUUCGUUGUCUGCCAUAAUAGCAAUAAAUUAAUUUCCUCUCAGCCUCGUCGAACCCCAGAUUAGGAAUUAUAUUGGCCAAAAGUUUCCCUGCAUUUCUUUCAACCCCCCAAUAACUGUGAAAAAGACUGUAGCAAGUAGCAGGUACUGCCCGAAGCUUUCUUCCUUGUUACUGGUUGCCCGGCUCGAGAGAAUGGGAAACUACGACAGCGACUCCUCUGAUGGAGGGGACCAGGAUUAUACCGAGACCAACGUGCUCUUGGGGUAUGCUUCGAAAGAGGCCUCGGAAUCAGAUGAUGUGAACAGUUACAUUGGAGGACGGCCGACAUGGCUCUCCCCCUCCACCCGCCCCUCCGCCACCCUCGCUCGCUGCAAAAUAUGCGCAGACAUGAUGAUCCUCCUCCUCCAACUAAACGGCGACCUCCCCAAAGACUUCCCCGGCCACGAGCGGCGUCUCUACGUCUUGACCUGCCGGCGCAAAACCUGCAGAAGGAAGAAAGGCAGUAUCCGCGCCCUGCGGAGUCUCCGCGCCAGCGAAGCGGCGGCGGCUAAGGAGGUCCAGAAGGAGGAGGUGAAGCCGGUGCCGAAACCGGUGGCGCAAGGGCAGGGGAAGGUGGUUUCGGAUACGAUGUUUGGGGAUAGUUUGUUCGGGUCGAAAUCGACUGGUGGUGCGUUUGGGGGGAACCCCUUUUCUAGCCCGGGAGGCGCUGGAGUAAACCCUUUUUCAACAGCCGCACCCGCUGCCGCCGCCAAUCCAUUUUCCACAUCUGAACUCGCGGCAAAACCACCUCGGAAGCCCGAGACCGAUCUCCCCCAAACCUUCGCCUCAGCACUCUCCCUCAACGCCCCUGUUCCCUCUCCACCACCCCCCGCAGAGCCCUGGCCGGUCGAUGCAGAACUGCCAGCACCAUACCCGCUCUUCUACCUCGCCGACGCCGACUACGAGACACUCGACAAAGACGAGCCCGAGCUGAUCCAAAAGCACCAGAUGCUAGAAAUGGAAGUAGAAGGCCCAUCAGGCGGCUCCAGCGGAAAAGAGGAUAAAGACGUGUAUGAAAGCAGUAUCGACACCACGUUCCAGAAAUUCGCGGAUCGUCUGAGUCAGAACCCUGAACAGGUGAUCAGGUACGAGUUCAGGGGGAGCCCAUUGCUGUAUACCAAGAGUGAUGCAGUUGGGAAGCUGCUUGGUGGUGGAAGCGGGAAUGCGAAGGUGACGGUGGGAGGGGGCAAGAUGCCGAGGUGUGCUAAUUGUGGUGCAGGGAGGUGCUUUGAGGUGCAAUUGACUCCUCAUGCUAUCACGGAGCUGGAGAGCGAGGAGGUGAGUUUGGAGGGCAUGGAGUGGGGGACUGUGAUUGUAGGUGUGUGUGAGCGGGAUUGCCAGGCCCGCGGUGUGGGAGCUGGUGAGGUAGGGUAUCUAGAGGAGUGGGCGGGUGUGCAGUGGGAGGAGGUGCCGGAUAAGAUGAAGGGAUAGAUGGAGAUGGACGGCAUUCUCGGAACCGCGCUGCCCAUUCCUAGAGCCGCAAUGGCGAGAAUUAAAGUAUUCACCCAUUUUGACCUAUCUUCACACAGCUGAUCCCCUGAAGCUGCAACUCCACCGCUACCUCUCCCUAAGGGUGAACCAGGCCGCGACCUGGUUGACGCCCUCGAGGGUUGGGGUCUCGGCGUGGUUGCGCCCUAACACCCCAACACGCCGCUUCGCUCAGCUUCGCACAAAGAAGCUAUUCAUAAAAAAAUACCCCUUUCACCCAAACUUCAAAAACAAAAAAAAAUUCCAAACUCCAAAAACAAAGGGCGAAUCCUCAAAGCCAGUCUUUAAACCCAAUCAAUCAAAUCCUCAAAGCCAAUCUUUAAACCCAAUCUUCAAAUCCAAACAAUCAAUCCCUUAAAGAAACCAAAAAUCAAUCAAUCAAUUAAUCGCCAUGGAUGGAGCAUCCGAUGACGCCUUCGGGGCAACUCGCCAACCUAACGGCACAGCCGCCACGCAGACGCCACACAGUGACGCCGUCGCCAACAUCCUCGCCGCUUCCCCGGAUUGGCGUAUCCAAGCGGGGCCAUCCCCAGCC